AUGUCGAAGAGAAUAAUGUGUGAAGUAUUCUGUACUGCUGAGGACUUAGGAAUGGACAUCUUUUAUAGCGAUACGGACAGUAUGCAUCUCUACAAUGAAGAUAUCCCUCGUUUAGCUGAAGAGUUUGAGAAACGUUAUGGAAGAGUUCUCAUUGGUAAAAACCUUGGUCAAUUUCAUAGCGAUUUUGCAGAAAUCACACCUGGAAAACAAAGUUUAGCAUACAAGUCAAUAUUUUGUGGAAAGAAGACUUACAUAGACUUACUCACUAACGAUUUAAAUGAAGUUGCAUUCCAUGCACGUUGCAAAGGUGUCAAACAAGACGUCCUUGCUUUAACAGCUAAUGAAAUAUUUCCUGAAGCUAUACAAUGCUAUUACAAUAAAGAUAAAGGUUUAAUGGUUCCGCAAGGAAAAUUUGACAAAGACUCUGAGUUCAGUGUUAUGAAACUUUACAAAGCACUUCAUGAUGGUCAAGAGAUUGGAUUUGACUUAUGUAAGUCUUCUAGUCCUUGCUUUGCUGAAAAGUUUAACUUUUCUAUUCAGACUAAGACUUCAUUCAUAAGAAAGCUUAAGUUCUGA